CGGAGCUGACGGUUUUACGAGGUGCACCUGAAGGCAGCACAGGGAGGUGCAGCGGUCUCUGCUGCGUCGCUUCGAGCUUCUCUUCCUCCUCAGGUCUCCUCACAUCUCCUCCUCCUCUUCCUUCUUUACCACCUGCAACGCGGAGAUGGAGACCUUCCGCAAAAGCCUGUGAGCAGACGGAAUAAGAGCUGGAGGGAGAACGGAAAGGGGAGAACCAGAGGAGGUGAACACAAGCGGAAACCGAAGCAUAUGGUGGGUUGUUUGAAGGAAAGCGGCUCCCUGUGUGACGGAAACGGACUGAAACUUACUGAACCACGCCAUGAUGUCUGGACAGACGGUCACCAUCCCGGACGACAGGGCGUUCGCCAGCUUCAAGGCGGAGUGUCUGUGCGAGGAGGGCUGGAGUCUGACCUACAGCAAGGGGAGCAUCACCGUGUGGACCCAGGGUCUGGAGGAAGGGAAGUCCGUCCACAAAAUGAAGUGUCGCAUGGUGUGUAAAGAUGUGCCAGGUGAGACGAUGUACGAUGUUCUGCAUGACAUCGAAUACAGAAGAAAAUGGGACUCUAAUGUGAUCGAGACGUUUGAUAUCGGAAAGCUAACGGUCAACGCAGACGUUGGUUACUACUCUUGGAAGUGUCCAAAACCUCUUCGGAACCGUGAUGUCAUCACACUUCGCUCCUGGCUGCCAAUCGGAAAAGAUUACAUCAUCAUGAACUACUCUGUUAAACAUGCCAAAUACCCGCCUAAAAAGGACAUGGUGCGAGCUGUUUCCCUUCAGACAGGUUACAUGAUCCAGAGCACGGGUCCUAAUCACUGCACCCUUACUUACAUGGCCCAGGUAGAUCCACGAGGUUCAUUACCCAAGUGGGUUGUCAACAAGUCUUCUCACUUCCUCGCUCCUCAUGCAAUGAAAAAGAUCAACAAGGCCUGUUUGAAGUAUUCAGAGUGGAAGCAGAGACAUAACCCUGGCUUCAAGCCCUGGCUGUACCCCGAACAAACUACGUUACCCAGCAUCCCACUCUCCGACCUGAGCAUUCAACAUGCUGAGAGUCUGGAGAAUAUUGAUGAGAGCUGCUUGGCUGAGACUCACGAGAGAGGAGACAGCGACUAACACAAAUAAAUACACUGACAGUCAUGCGUUCAUACAAACAGCAAUGCAGGGAUACAUACACACUUGUUUAACAUUCAUAAAUGUAUGUACGUGUGAUUUUGUUUGUAGAAUGUAUAUUGUACAUGCAAUGCAAACAUUGAUGAGAGCAUGUAUGUAGGCAUUCAUGCACAAAGGCUUUACCAACUCGGUCACAUAAAUACAUACACAAAUACUUUCUCUAUCUUAUAUACUUUUACAAACAAUCAUUUGGAAAAACCAGAAAAGUAUCUAAUUUAUCUUCUUCUUCUAGUGAUUUCAGCAUUUUAAAAUCAGGACACAUACAAAUAACAUAAAUAUAUUUUCACAUAGAUUUAACUGAACUUCCACAUUCCUGCUGGUAUUUAGGAUAUGACAGACAAAAAGCUGAUUUUUCUCCUUUUCAGCUACAUAGCCUUACUCAUCAGGACAAUGCCUCAGUGGUAUAGAUUCAGAUCUGUUCACAUUCAGUUCGUUUGCCUCUGCCUAUACUGUCUAUCUGUUGCUCAUUGUGUGCCUAUCACAUUCUGUAAGCACAUAAUUAUGCAGGUGUGCAGAAGGCAGCUGGAACCCAACUUUAAUCCCUUUCUCUCUCUCACACAUGCAGAUUUACGUACUGUUUGCUUCUCUGUUUAAGAGAUGUAUGGAUAUAAGUAGACUUUAAAUAAAUUCAGAUUCCUACAAAGGUUUUUCAACUUUCA